GAUGUAGGAUACGAGUCCUUUGUUCCUCCCAUCCUCUUCGCCUCUUCCUCCCGUCGUCGUCUCUUCCUUGCUCCCGGAUCCCCCUUCGUUCCGCCAAUUUUAGAAAAUUUUGGUGGGUGGGCAAAAGAUUGCUAGUGUGCUCAGCCGGGAGGAUCAGUAGCGGGACACAGGAGAUGAUCACGCGAGCAAAGCUGGUGGAGCAGCUGAGGGAGCACCAGAUCCGGUCGGCGCAGUCGUACUCCACGGCCCUCUCCGUCUUCUCGCCCAACCCCCACAUCGCCUCCAGGCGGGAUCUGAAGGUUGCCCUCCUCUAUGCUGUUUUCUUUUGUUUUCUCAUGGUGUCUUGCUAUGUUGCUCUGUACCUGAAAUGGUUCAAGCUUUCAUCCCUCUUUGUAUUUUUAGGAAUCCUUCUUCCAGUAAUUCUCAAAAUCUCUAGGCAUAGAAGGCUUAAAAGGAAAAGAGAGAGGAGAUUGUUGUUGCCCUUGUCUAUGUGAAUAUCCUUCUGGUAUAUUGUAACAUUUUAGUAAAAUGGCUCAACUACAGCUUACAGAGAGGAAAAAUCCUGGGUUUACUCA